AUGCCUAGCAAUCCAUCUCGGGGUCGCGCGGGAGGUAAUGCAGGACGAGGUACUCGAGGAGGUGCCUCUCAUACUACAACCGCGAGUGGAUCUCGCAUCAAACGCACGAUUACCGAUGGCCUCUCCGAUACACCUCUCCAGACGUUGGAAAAGCCUGCAGAAGCAGCUAGCGAGGACAUAGUGAUCAAGGACCUCCAGUACAUCGGCUCGUACAAUUGGACCACAGCCAAAAAACCAACGAUCCUUGUGCCAGGUUCCCCAGCAUACUGGCGCGAGAAGCCUCUACCGUUUCAACUAGUCCCAGACCAGGGCGAAAGCUUCAUCGAUCAGAACCGCUAUCGCAUGCCCUCCACUCCACUCUAUCCACUCUUCCGCGCGGUGGAUAUCGUGGAGACACAUUUUGAAGAUAGCACAAAGGUCGAUUGGGAUUCGGUCGACUUCGUGACGGAUCGCAGCAACCUGCGCAAGCUUCUACGCUGGAUAACCGGGGGAAGCACGCUGAAGGAUUUCCGAAUCGAUGCCCAACUCGCAGGUCGUCGUACCAUCCUAUUCACUCGUUGGGAGUCGCGUUUGAGGGAGUAUACAAAGACGUAUGGGUUUAGCUUCGAGCAUGAGCUGACAGAGAAUGCACCUGGUUGUGAGAAGAGCGCGGCAGGCCAUCAUAGAAUCAUACAAUACGAUUUCGCAGGCUUGAAGCUGGUGGUCCGCUUCGAAGUGGACGCCUGCAUUGCCCCGUCGCCUUCAACUGAUCUUGAUGCAUUAGCGGCCUCGAUGGCAAGCCUAAGCGUCAAGAAAAACACCUUCUCCUCCCCGCAGCUGGACGUGAUCAUCGCCGGCGCACGGGUGCCGCAGGACUCAAUUAUCGAGUUAGCAACAACGAGCGGUGCUAAUUACGGAUGGAAAGACAAAUACCCACAGCUGUACUUUUCCCAAACGCAGCACCACUUCCUCGGAAAACACUCCGAGGGGCUCUUCCGCAAUAUCCAGAAGCGUCAGCUGGGUGACGAGGUCAUGAAGUAUAUGGAGGAAAGUGCCCAGGACCGACUCAAGCAGCUCAGGCAUGCGCUGCAGAUGAUCCAAGACCUCAUAGUGCGACAGGGCCAGGACACACGGCUGAGCUUGAUCUGCAGUAAUAAGGAGUUAAAGCUCUUUGAGAGAGCCGGGGAAGCGACCUGUUUGCCGGAGGAUAUUCUUGAACGCUUCACAGCCUGA